CAUAAAAUGAGACUUAUGAAUGACUUGAAGAUGUUUCUGGCGGCUUUGUCCUUUGCCUAUUUUGCGAAAGCUCUGUCGGGGAGCUACAUGAAGAGCACAAUAACUCAGAUGGAGAGGCGCUUUGACAUCCCCAGUUACCUAAUAGGUGUCAUUGACGGGAGCUUCGAGAUAGGUAACCUGUUGGUGAUAGCUUUCGUCAGCUACUUUGGGGCUAAGCUCCAUCGGCCAAAGAUCAUUGCAGGCGGUUGUGUACUGAUGUCCAUUGGCACCUUCAUCAUUGCUCUGCCUCAUUUCAUCAUUGGACGCUAUGAAUAUGAAACGUCUGUGCGGUGGCUAGUGAACUCAACCCUUAACCCCUCUCCUUGUCCGAUGGGCUCACCGGCAGACCUGACCAAGGACGGUAAACUGCCUGACGGACCAGCCACAAGUUGUGAAGGUGAGUCCAACCUGUCGAUGUGGAUCUAUGUGCUCCUGGGAAAUGUCUUGCGGGGCAUUGGAGAGACGCCUGUUCAGCCACUUGGGAUCUCUUAUAUAGAUGAUUUUGCUACUGAGGAGAACGCUGCGCUAUAUGUUGGCUGUGUGCAGACCAUUUCAGUGGUUGGCCCUGUAUUUGGCUACCUAUUGGGCUCCCUUUGUGCCAAGAUCUACGUGGACAUUGGAUUUGUAAAAAUGGAAACUAUCACCAUCACCCCAGCAGAUGCCCGCUGGGUGGGGGCCUGGUGGCUGGGCUACCUCAUAGCUGGGGUCAUCACCCUGCUCUCUGCCAUCCCAUUCUGGUUUCUGCCCCGCUCCCUACCCAUAACGGGACCCCAGGGCCCAGAAAAGUGCACACCAGAGCAGACAAGUUUCAUUAAACACUCUUCUCUUCUGAAGCACAAGUAUUCUGCAGACGAUAAUACUAGUUUCAUAGAGAUGGCCAAAGACUUUAUUCCAACCCUGCGAACUCUGCUGGGAAACCCUGUAUAUCUGAUCUACCUGUGCGUGACAAUCAUCCAGCUGAACUCUCUCAUUGGCAUGGUCACUUACAAGCCCAAGUACAUUGAGCAGCACUUCAGGCAGUCUGCCUCAAAGGCCAACUUCCUGAUGGGUAUGAUCAAUAUCCCAGCUGUAGCACUGGGGAUGUUUUCUGGAGGUCUACUGAUGAAGAGGCUGAAGCUGAACAUCAUGGGGGCUGCCAGGUUUGCCUUUGGCACAUCUCUGAUCGGUUACUUCCUGUCACUUUUCUUCUUUGCAAUGAGCUGCGAGAACGCUAAGGUAGCCGGUGUAACACUUUCAUACAACAGCAUGGAUACGAUAUCAUAUGAUAAGCACUCAGUGUUCACAGCCUGCAACUCCGACUGUUUUUGUUCAGCGGGUGACUGGGACCCAGUCUGUGGAGAGAACGGCAUCACAUACGUUUCUCCCUGUCUUGCUGGCUGCACCGGCUCUACUGGCUCAGGAAAAAACACAGUCUUCUAUAACUGUAGCUGUGUUGGUGUGGCUGGUAACUUUACAGCCAAUACAGGUCAGUGCCUUCACAAGGACGACUGUGACAGAAUGUUCCCGUACUUCCUGGCUCUCUCUGUCAUCACUUCCUUUAUCAUCUCCCUUGGGGGGACACCAGGCUACAUGUUUCUAAUCAGGUGCAUCAAGCCACAGCUGAAAUCUUUGGCCUUGGGUUUCCAUGCUCUGGCAACACGUACUCUUGCAGGGAUCCCGGCACCCAUCUACUUUGGAGCAAUCAUUGACACCACAUGUCUAAAAUGGGGUCAGAAGAGGUGUGGAGGCAUAGGAGCCUGCAGAAUCUACAACACCACUGCCUACAGGAUAGCAUACCUGGGUCUGACUCUGAGCCUGAGGACUAUCUCGUUCAUUAUUUGCAUCCCGGGCUUCAUUCUGCUCAGCCGACAGCUGAAGGAGGAGGAAAUAAAUGCCAUCCACGGAGCUCUGGCCAAUGGCGGAACAGAGCUGGAGGCGCUCAGGAAGGAGGAGUUUGUGAUUUCUAAUUCUGACCAAUCUCAACAAACGUCAGACAACUGCGCUUACAGGGAGACACGGCUGUGACAGAUCCAGCAGAGCUCCCCCCGACCCCUUUCUCCUUCACACACCUACAGAUACACCCAGUGUGUACAGAGUGAUACUGUAUACAUGCAUGCACGCAUGCAAACACACACACACACACACACAAAUGAGAUUUGCAGGGAAUCACAUGUUGUAUCCAAUCAUCUCGAAGCAUAAAUUCUAUAUUUGUACUACUGGACCUGUGAAGGCUUUACGAAUUUGACAUAAAUUUGAUAUCACUGAAAUAUUUCUUGAAUGUACAUGCUGUUAAUCCUUUAUAAAGAAAAGUAUAACAAUAUUUUUCUGUUUUCAUGGUGGGGAAAGAGAUUAGAUGGGAAAUGUGAUUGUACAGGCUACUGCAAAAAACAGCAUUAUUCUUUAAAAAAAAAAAAAAUUAAACACCUGUAAAGCGGCCUCUUUGGAUUUUUAUUUUUACAUUUUUUUCUUCCUGACAUCACUGUUCCUGAACAGAAGAUGAUAAGUGGCCUUAUGAACCAGAGGCACGUCACUACAUUUAAACAAAAAAUGAAUAAAGACCAGGAAAAUUGGCCCUUCAAAGAGACAGGAAGUGAGAAUUUUUUUUCUAAAUGUUAAGGGUUCAGUGUGUAAGUUUUAUUGGUAUCUAGCGGCAAGGGUUGCAAAUUACAACUGAUAUCUCUCUCACCGCUCACCCCUCCCUUUGCAAGCGCAUAGGAGAAGCUACGGUGGCUGACACUCUGUCGGCUCUUGUGCUAAAUAAUACGUGUGGUCCAAAUUUCUCUUAUUUUCUUACUUGUAACAAACCAAACGACUGCUACUUCUUUAUUUUCUUCUUCAUGUGUGUUCAAAGUAGUGACGAAAACAUGGCUCAUUCUAAGGUAAUAAAAACAUAAGGGUUCAUUAUGUAAGGUCUUUAUAAAUCACUGAAAACAUUAUGUAUAAAAUAUUGCAUUUCUGUCAAUAGAUCCUCUCAAAUAUUACACACUGAACCUUAAAACAGAAAAGACAAACUGGUUGUUCAGUGACUUUUGAGGGCUUGGCGUUUGUUGAUUUGACAUAUGUGCCUCAUUCACUCAACAGUUACCUCUAAAUCUCGUGUGUCAGCAGAGAGAAAUUUUGUCACGAUUUUCAACAGUUAUCUGAAUACUAUUUCAUUUUACUUUUAAAUUUCAGACUUAAUGUAAGUCUUAACACUAAUUUUGACUAAAACUUUUUUACGUUAAGCCCUAAGUCAGGUCUGAUUAUAUAGAAGUUUGUGUUGUGUACUUUCUCGAUGUGAAUUUAGUGAGACUGUACCCGUUUUUCUACCUGAGGCUGCUCUGAUUUCAAUUUUAUUAAGGAAAAAUGUGUUUUAUCAAUAAUACCCAACAUAAUAGACUGUGUCAUGACACUGGUAAUUAGGAUUACACUGAAUAUUAUUAAGAUUAUCUCAAUGCACCUCACCUGGUAUUGUGACAGUCAUUUUUGUUUGUAACAGAUGGCUGAGGGGAAUGCUUGCUCUUGUGUUGUGCCUUUGGAAGAGGCAGAAUUUGUACUGUUGCAACACUGAUAAAAGAUAUACUGUAUGUUGUCCCAGUCUUUAGGCAAACGGUCACGCUGUCUGUGAAGUAUCGCCACAGGAAAUGUGCAUUUACGUUAUUGAUGUGUAUUUGUUCCAUGUCUCCAGACAUUGCACUGGUCAGUCUGUUAUGUUUGAGGGGUUUUUUUUGUAUUUCUGCACACACAUGAGCUCCUGUGCCAAAACUUACGAACAGAAACAUUCUAUUCUCAGGUUUUUUCCUAUCAAUUUUAUUCUAAUGAACAGCUUGAUCCUAAAAUCAGAACCUUGAAUUGAGAUCUGUCAAAAUGAUUUCUCAAAGUAAAAUAAAUCAACAACUGUAUCACAAGAAAGUUUAAAGAAUUUAUACUUUGUCCUUGUAAAUGUAUAGCAUAUUAUCAUUUUGUAAGACUUUAAUUCUAAAAUGGAUAUAUACCAUUUUGGCAACAAAGUAUGUGGUGAGUGUAUUGUGUUUUGAAUUCAGGUUCAGUUUCAGGCACAUCUGGCCAAAAGUACAGACUCAGAGGAGCAGCGAGAGGUAUAGAGGAAGGAAGUCAUUAUCUCAGUAAGGUAACGCAUUUACUUGCAUUAAAUAAAUCAGAAUGUAAAUAAUUUUCUUGGGAUUAUUUUUGUAACAUUUCAAAGGAUAUCUUAAAUGUAAUACUAAAAUAAAACUUUUAAUAUUCAAUCACAA